CGUAAUUUUUCAUGUUCAUCUCCUUCUUACCCUAAACCAGCAGCCACCGCCGUCCAAAUAUAUCAUUUUUCUCACUCAACUUGUAUCUCUCUUACUCUUCAUAUCUCCCAUAAUUCUUGUUUGAAGGUCAUAGUUGCAACUUGCAAGUGAGAAUUGAAAUUGGAGCAUACCCAGACACGCUGCUUCUUCCUCUUCUCUUCAAUUGAAACUUGAAACCCUUUCUUGCAAGAUGCAGGCGAGUGAUAGGUUUAACAUCAAUUCACAACUUGAGCAUCUUCAAGCUAAAUAUGUUGGAACUGGUCAUGCUGAUAUGAACAGAUUUGAAUGGGCAGUUAACAUUCAGCGUGAUAGCUAUGCUGCUUACAUCGGUCACUAUCCUUUACUUUCAUAUUUUUCGAUUGCUGAGAAUGAAUCUAUUGGAAGACAACGCUAUACCUUCAUGCAGAAAAUGCUCCUGCCUUGUGGUCUGCCUCCAGAAAGGGAAGAAGAUUAAAAAUUUGUCGUCCAGAUUACAAAUGGCUCAUCCUGGUUUAUGG